AUGGGUGACACAAACUACUGGGUGGUGGAUUAUGAGUUCUCCUCUCCUGCUCCGCCCGGGUUCCCCAGGGGCCCCACGCAGCUGCAGCCCGUGGCGGGGCACCCCGAGCAGGGAACAGCCCUGUGUUUUGUCGGCCUCCUUGUGCUGCUGCUGCUGUUUCUGGUUGUUCGCUGCGUCCGGAUUUUGUUGGACCCAUACAGCAGCAUGCCGGCGUCGUCAUGGUCAGACCACAAGGAGGGGCUGGACAGAGGACAGUUUGAUUACGCGCUGGUGUGAGGACGAGAUCAGAAGAUGAUGGAUGGAUGUGACGGCUCAUUUGAUGGAUGAUGGUGU